AUGGAAAAACUUCAGAGCAUGUUAUUUCGCCCAAAGAUUGCGGAAGCUGUGAGAUGUUCAAACUUUACAACCGCGGCUGACAUAUUACAUCACAAUGAGAGAGAUCUCGCUAAAAAAUUGAACCUUUCUGGUAGAGAAGUAUCUGAACUUGUGAACACCAUUGUGCGGGAAAUGAUUCCUUAUCCGCCUAAAAAUGCGUUGAUGCUAUUAAAAGAUGGCACUCAUCGCGCGUUGAGUACGGGUGACAAACAAAUUGACAAAAUUAUUGGUGGAGGCAUAUUGUCAAAAGGGAUUACAGAGAUCGUGGGCGAGAGUUCAGUGGGCAAGACACAACUGUGCCUACAACUAUGCUUGACCGUUCAACUACCAGAGAAAUUGGGUGGACUGAACGGAGGAGCGGUGUACAUUUCUACCGAAGGCAAUUUUCAUUUAAGACUUUCGGAUCUGGAAACGCAGAGGAACGUUCUCGACAAUCAAUUAUCCAUUCUCAUCUCCAGCAACAAUAUACGACUGAUAGUUAUUGAUUCUGUAACGGCGAAUUUCCGCACCUUCGAAACAACCGAAAUUCCAAAUUUCCGUCAACGGGCUUUAGAAAUUAGUCAGAUGGGCAUCCAACUAAAAGAGAUAAGUGAUAGGUUUAAUGCGCCCGUGGUAUGCGUGAAUCAGGUCUCUGAUAAUUUCAUUAUCGACGAGACGUACGGGGAAGACGAUAGCGACGCGCACUACGAGUAUAAUUAUUACCAAAAACAAUUGCUAAUCGGAGAUGGAACGAAGGUUCCUGCAUUAGGAUUGAUGUGGUCAAGUGUCAUAAAUGCAAGGAUAGUGCUUUCCAGGCCGAAGAGAUUUUUGACGGAAGAGGGUAGUAUCAAUGAUAAUGGUCCGAGAACAAUUGCGUUGAUGAUGGCGCCUCAUGCUCCGAGACGUUUUGGCGAAUAUUAUAUCGAUGGAAGCGGGGUACAUGGGUUGGUUAAUUAG